UUUCUGUCUAACUGUGUAGUUGGGGCUUCACUUGAAGAAAUUACAGAAGAAGAGGAAGAAGAAGAUGAAAAUAAGCCAACUCUCCUUGAAGCCUCAUCAGCCAAACUGAAAGAAGGCACGUUCCAGAUUGUGGGCACACUUUCCACACCCGAAAGCCAUUGGCCCAACUUUGCUGUGGAGACAUAUUCUGCCAUCUCUCGAGAAGACCUUCUUAUGCGCCUGCUGGAGUGUGAUGUUAUUGUUUAUAACAUCACUGAGAGCCAUCAGCAGGUGGAAGAAGCCAUAUGGGCAGUAUCUGCACUGAAUGAAGAAGUCAGCCAUUUUGAAAAGCGAAAGGUAUUUAUUUUAGUAUCCACGGUGAUGACUUGGGCACGAUCCAGACCUCUGGACCCCGAUGAUACUGAGGUUCCAUUUACUGAAGAGGAGUAUCGAAGAAGAAGGAAUCAUCCUAACUUUCUCGACCACAUAAAUGCUGAAAAAAUGGUUCUCAAAUUUGGAAAAAAUGCCAAAAAAUUUGCAACUUACGUAGUUGCUGCUGGACUUCAGUAUGGAGUGGAAGGAGGCAUUUUACAUACUUUUUUCAAGAUAGCUUGGUUGGGUGAGGUUCCUGCAUUACCAGUUUUUGGAGAUGGAACAAAUGUAAUUCCAGCAAUUCAUGUUCUUGAUCUAGCAGGAGUGAUACAAAACAUAAUAGACCACGUUCCAAAGCUUCACUACCUGGUUGCUGUGGACGAGUCUGUUCAGACCCUGGAAGACAUAGUCAAGUGCAUCAGUAAAAAUACUGGCCCUGGGAAAGUCCAGAAAUUACCCAAAGAAAAUGCUUUCCUAACCAAGGACUUAACA